AUGGCAGUGGACCACACCUUUGCUCCAGGCUCAAUGGAGUUUGCAAAAGCUCAGGAAGACCUCCAACCUGAGGCUAGCUGCCCCAUCUGUCUGGAAUGCUUCAAAAGCCCAGUGACCUUGCCCUGUGGGCAUAACUUCUGCCUCCUCUGCAUCAGGUCAUCCUGGAAGGGUCAAGAGAAGAGUUUCCCCUGCCCUUCUUGCCAGCUUGACUGUCCAGAAAAGAAAUUCUCAAGCAAUCUGCAGCUGAGUAACUUGACUCAGAUCACUAAGCUAUUCCCCACUGGAAGACGCAAGAGAAGACUGCAAGGCAAGCUCAUGUGUAAGAAGCACAAAGAAGCCACGGCCUUUUUCUGCCAGAAGGACCUGGAGGUUUUAUGUCGCCGGUGCUGCUCCACCAGUCACCAGCAUCACCGUAUUUGGCCCAUAAAGAAGGCUGCACACUUGCAUAGGAAACAACUAGCAUGUUCCAUGGAGCUGUACAAAGACAGGGUGGAGCCAGUUAAGAAAGUGCUAGCCAUGCAGACUAGAAGACCCCUAGAACUGAAGAGAAAGGUAGAGCGAAGGAGGAAAGAUAUAAACUUUGAAUUUGAACAACUUAGGUUGUUUCUCAAAAAACCAACAGGAGAUGCUUCUUAA